AUGUCAAUUGAGGCCUCAAAUCUCCACAGCCUUCUUGCCAGCUUGAGAAUUCGACUCGAGGAGGGAAACUCCAACCAAGCAUGGUACACUGCAGUCCGAGCCCUUGCAAUCAAAAAUGGGCCUCUGGACCAGUUCAAGCAAGCUUUAGAAAUGCUACAAAGUAAGAUGACAGCUGGAGACCGACUGAACAGGGCUGGAGAGGCGCUUGUAUGGAAGUUCAAGAAAGAGGAGCUAACUAGCUUCUUGGGCCAGGUAGAACGGUUAAAGACGCCAGUAGGGAUUGCCUUGCAGAUGGGCCAUUUGUAG